CUUUUAAUUUUAGGAGAAUAAGUGUUCGAAAAAGGGUGCGAAAAGUGAUAUAAAUGAAUACAACUUUGUGUAUUGUAUAGGUCGCAUACCACACCAAACUUUUCUCCGGCAUCAAGGAGCAAAACGGUGUAUCAAUCUGCCGAGGUGCGUAGCAAACCAACCAAAUAUGAGAAACAGUUCGGAUAACGUUGGAAUUCUGGCGUUGGAGAUUGUUUUUCCCUCGCAGUAUGUUGAUCAGACGGAGUUGGAAGUAUUCGAUGGUGUUUCUGCUGGAAAGUACACAAUCGGAUUGGGCCAAAGCCGGAUGGGAUUCUGUUCCGAUCGGGAGGAUGUCAACUCGCUGUGUUUGACUGUGGUGAACAAUCUGCUGGAACGGCACAAUGUUGCGCUGUCUAGAAUUGGCCGUCUGGAAGUGGGAACGGAAACCAUUGUCGAUAAGUCGAAAAGUGUGAAAUCUGUACUGAUGCAGUUGUUUGGACCGCACGGGAUGACCAAUCUGGAGGGCAUCGAUACUAAGAAUGCAUGCUACGGGGGCACUGCGGCAUUGUUUAACGCGAUCGAUUGGGUGGAAUCAUCGAGCUGCAAAGGUCGAUUGGCGCUGGUUGUCUGUGCUGAUAUUGCUGUGUACGCUCAAGGGUCGGCACGCCCUACGGGCGGCGCUGGAGCUGUUGCUAUGUUGAUUGGACCGAAUGCUCCGCUGGUUGUGGAAAGAGGUUUGCGAGCUACCUUUAUGAAACAUGCCUACGAUUUCUAUAAACCAGAUUUGAGUUCGGAAUAUCCUGUUGUUGAUGGAAAACUUUCGAUACAGUGCUAUUUGAGUGCGCUGGAUAAUUGCUAUCAGCUCUAUAGGAAGCAGUUCGCUCAGAUUAACCCCAGUGCCAAGGAAAUAAAUCUAGAUAGUUUUGACGCUUUUAUUUUUCACACGCCGUACUGCAAGUUGGUACAGAAAUCUCUGGCACGUCUAGGUUUGAACGAUUUUAUUCUGACACCCACCGAGCAACGAGCAAACAACUAUCCGGGCUUCGAACAGUUCGAAAAUGUGAAGCUCGAGGAAACAUAUUUUGACCGUGAAGUAGAGAAGGCUUUCAUGACGUAUUUUACCCCAGUAUUUAACGCAAAAACGAAACGAUCUCUGCACCUCGCUAAUCAGGUAGGCAAUAUGUACACACCAUCCGUGUACGGUGGUUUGGUGUCACUGCUAAUCAACAGUGACGUUUCCGAACUGGCCGGUAAGAAGGUGGGAGUUUUCUCCUACGGAUCCGGACUUGCCUCAACCAUGUAUUCUAUAGCUGUAACCUCCAACCAGCAAGAUCUCAGCUCACUGAAAGAUCAUCUAAACUAUGUGCAACCACUACUGAACGCAAGACGCAAGGUUUCACCCGAACAAUUUACCCAGCUGAUGGAAAUUCGUGAAGCAAACAACCAUGCCGCACCGUACGAGCCAUCGGGCAGCAUUGAGGUGCUAUUUCCCGGUACCUAUUACCUCAGUUCAGUGGAUAAAAUGCAUCGACGGGUGUACGAACGAGUCCCGGUCGCAGAUAACCGUACGAAGCAGCUAAACCUGUUCAUAGAAGACAAUCAUGUGCACGAAAAGGUUCCUGCACAAUCGUGGCCCACCGAUGUGGGCAUUUUGGCGCUGGAAGUUAUUUUCCCUUCGCAAUUUGUGGACCAAACGGAACUAGAAGUGUACGAUGGGGUUUCUGCGGGAAAAUAUACCAUCGGUUUAGGUCAAAGUCGAAUGGGAUUUUGCUCCGAUAGAGAAGACAUUAAUUCGCUCUGUCUAACCGUGGCUAAUAAUCUGCUGGAGCGGCAUCAGAUUCCCCACGCGAGGAUUGGUCGACUGGAGGUUGGCACAGAGACUCUGGUUGAUAAAUCGAAAAGUGUGAAGACGAUGCUUAUGCAGCUGUUUGAAGACAAUGGAGUGACUAAUCUGGAGGGAAUUGACACUACGAACGCUUGCUACGGUGGGACAGCGGCUCUGUUCAAUGCUGUGAAUUGGGUCGAGUCUUCAAGCUGUAAAGGACGAUUGGCACUGGUUGUCUGUGCUGAUAUUGCUGUCUAUGCGGAGGGAUCAGCACGUCCCACUGGUGGGGCUGGUGCAAUUGCUAUGUUGGUUGGACCAAAUGCACCGCUAACUAUCGAUAGAGGACUUCGCGCCACUUUUAUGAAGCAUGCGUACGACUUUUAUAAACCGGAUCUAAGCUCGGAAUACCCGGUCGUUGAUGGAAAGUUAUCCAUUCAGUGCUACCUGAAUGCACUGGAUAACUGCUAUCAGCUUUACAGAGAGCUACAUGCUGAGCAGAACCCAAACACCAGUGCAAUUAAUCUGAACCAUUUUGAUGCCAUCAUUUUUCACACUCCGUACUGUAAAUUAGUACAGAAAUCUCUCGCUCGGCUAGGACUGAACGACUUCGUACUGACACCGGCAAACCAACGCACUGGAGUUUAUCCCGGAUUCGAGCAGUUUGCGGACGUCAAACUCGAAGACACUUAUUUCGAUCGGGAGGUGGAAAAGGCAUUCAUGACACACUACACCCCAGUGUUUAAUUCUAAGACGAAACCCUCCCUGCAUCUGGCGAACCAAGUGGGCAACAUGUACACUCCAUCCGUGUACGGCGGAUUAGUAUCGCUUCUAAUCAACAGUGAAGUGACGGAGUUAGCUGGCAAAAAAGUGGGCGUCUUCUCCUAUGGAUCAGGGUUAGCAUCAUCGAUGUACUCCAUCUCCAUAAGCCGGGAUGCAGCGACCGUUAGUGCAUUCAAAGCUCACCUCAGCUACGUUCAGCCACUGUUGAACGCCAGACAAAAGGUAGCCCCAGAGGAAUUCACCCGCCUGAUGGAGGUUCGCGAGAAAAACAAUCACGCGGCUCCGUACGAACCAAGCGAGCCGGUGGACGUUCUGUUUCCGGGAACGUACUACCUAAAAUCGGUGGAUAAAAUGCAUCGACGCUGCUACGAGCGAACGCCGCCGGCGAGGACGACGACGAAUCAUGCCAACUGUACCUCCUAGUGACGGGCUGGUGAGCAGAGCGGAUGGGAAUGGCGUUCAACGCGCUUAGGGAAAGUAUGACAAUAUAUACAUAGAUCUUUGGUUAUAUAUUUUACGCUGAAAAUGCAGCAGAUUGAGCAUUGUUUAGACAGUUUUGAGACAGCACUUGUUAUGUUUGAAGGGUAGCUUAAAUUUUGGUAAUAAAUUAUUUAGUUCUUUACAAAUGGUUUGAAUCCGAUAUCUAUCUAUGUUAAUUCACUGAAUGCUUUCGAUGGUACUUAUUCUGAAUAUUAUAAUUGCUUUAGAAGACUGAUUGGUCAUUAGUAUCUGAAUUUCACAUAUAGCUGGCAAUCAGUGACACAUAAUAUUCCAGGUUAAAAAUCUAAAUCAGUAGCAGAAAACAAUACACACUUCUAACGGUAGCUAGGCAUACAUACUAAUAAUUGAUAGUUUAAUCAAAUAAUUAGGAAAACCAGCGGUAGCAGGUCGGUUUUUAUCAGAUUUUUUGAGAUAUGGAUGUAACCCGGAAUGACGCGGAAGUAUUUUUUUUAUUGAUUUGAUAGAAACCAAACUCACAACGAAAUUCGCAGUCUUUGUUGCAAUCUUCUGUUCAAACAAUAAAUUUUCAUCAUACUAUUGA